GCUGGAGCACCAGUGUCUCAUUUAACCACGUUAAGGUCAAACCAUGGACAGGAACUUUAUCUCAGCAGCUCUGAUGCUUUUGUUAUCAGGUAUGUGUGCAGGUGAGGGUAUUUUACCCACAGCCCCCCUGAGUGGGGUUGUAGCAGGGACAGUGAAGUUCACCACCAACCUCACCCCCCCACAGACUCCAUUUCUGUCCGUCAGUUGGAGCUUCAGAGGUAAGAUCAUCAUCACAUCCACGAGCGUCAACAUCACCGACCCRGGAUACACCAACAGGAUCUCACUGGAUCGAGCCACCGGAGCCCUGGAGCUUAGAAACCUGGUGCUGGAGGACAGUGGGGACUACACACUCACUGUCAUACCUAAUGGGGGGCUGCAGGAACUCGGGAAGACCACGCUCAAUGUGUAUGUACCAAUAACUGGAGCCAUAAUCCGCAGCCCUGCAGCCAUCCUGAUAGAAGGUCAAAACUCCACCAAUCUGAGCUGUGAGGCCUCCGGAUCCAUCCGCAGCACAAAGUGGAUGAAGGAUGGUCUUCCUCUUCAGCUCAGUGACAGCGUCAGCUUAUCUAUGGACAACAGGACGGUGUUCAUACAACCUGUCCUCAGCUCCAGCCGAGGCAUSUAUGAGUGUCGACUCAGCAACCCUGUCAGCAUCUCGACGGCGACUCUUAAUCUCAUUGUCAACUAUGGACCGUAUAACACCUCAGUUAUUGGACCAUCAGGAGCUUCACUUGGCUACAGAGUGACGCUGCAGUGCACCGCAGCAUCUGUUCCACCAGCAAACUUCAGCUGGAUGUUCAACGGCAAUGAGACAAAUGUUAAUAAUUCCCUGUAUGUCAUAGAGAAGUUAGAGGUMAGGAACGCUGGGAAUUACACCUGCACUGCCAGAAAUAUGGUGACCAUGAAGGAAAACUCUUCAGUUCUGAAUCUGAGAGCGUCCUGCAGCGCUCCCUGCUGGUCAGUUUCAGUYUUUGUCCUCUGUGGGUUUUACCUGAGAGGGUUACAGUAAAAACAGCAGAUUCCCUCUCCUUAUGAU